UUCGAUCAGAACAGACCCUGGAUCACGGGUGAAAAGAUGCGCGGAAGUGAAAGAAAUUCAAACAUCAUUGAAAGAGUCGUUCCGCCCUCGUAUUGCCUCGUCACGUGACAGCGAUGGAACCCGAGCGUCGCGAGGCAGCGCCGCGAAGACAAGUCAUCACCGGCACCUCCAGCAGCAACCAGUUAUAGAGGUUCAGCGCUACUUGAAGGCGUCAUGGCGGCGGGACAAAGCAACAGCAACAACAUCAGCAGACCCAGCACGCUCGGUCACGCUCUGUCUCAUCCUAGUCUGACAGAAACCAGCGAUGGCUCUCCAAGUUUUCAGGUUCACCCGUGCCGACGGAGAAAAGUGUCCCUCUGCAGCUCCAUGGAGCGCCUCGACCUGGUGACUUCACCACCUGGCAACGAGUCGCUGGUCCUGGUGAUAAACACCGGUGGAACUAUCGGGAUGACGUUACAUGAUAACGGUUAUGCCCCUAAAGCCAAUGCCCUUGUGCAGAACCUACGCAAGCUGCCCAUCCUGCAUGAUGAGCUUUAUGCUCAGCAGACCUGCCUGUAUGACUACUACGGAUCAGAUAACACGCUGGUCCUGCCAAAGCCAACGUCCCAUGUUGAUCUCCAGUUUAUUGGGCCGAGUAAGUUAAAUAAGAGGAUAAUCUACACGAUCCUGGAGUACAAUCCUCUCCUCGACUCAUCCAACAUGACCACAGAUGACUGGGGCCGAAUUGGAAAAGACAUUGAGAAAAACUAUGAAAGCUUUGAUGGGUUUGUGAUCCUUCACGGCACGGACACUGUGGCUUACACGGCAUCUGCUUUAUCCUUUAUGUGUGACAAUUUGGGAAAGCCGAUCGUUCUCACCGGCUCUCAGGUGCCGAUCUAUGAGUUAAGGAAUGACGGCAGAGACAACCUUCUGGGAGCGCUGCUAAUCGCGGGCCAAUUUGUCAUUCCUGAGGUGUGCUUGUAUUUCUACAACAAACUCUACAGGGGAAAUCGUGUGACCAAGGUGGAUGCUGGGAGUUUCAACGCAUUCAGUUCUCCCAACUUGGCUCCUCUAGCCACAGCUGAAGUGGAUUUUAAAAUUAACUGGGACACUGUUUGGAGGGCAAACACCACAGCAAAGUUUCAGGUCAGAACUGAGCUGAACAGGAAUGUGGGCCUGCUCAGGUUGUUCCCAGGAAUCACCGCAUCAACAGUCAAGGCGUUCCUGCAGCCGCCCAUGCAAGGCGUCGUCUUGGAGACCUACGGAAGUGGUAACGCUCCUAAUAACCGUCCUGACCUUCUGGAGGAGUUCAGUAAGGCCAUCAAAUCUGGUGUCAUCAUAGUCAACUGCACCCAGUGUCUGAGGGGCACUGUGUCAGUCUCCUAUGCCACUGGAAAGGUGUUGAUGGAUGCAGGCCUGAUAGCAGGCGGUGACAUGACUCCUGAGGCCGCCUUGUCAAAACUUUGCUAUGUUCUGGCUAUGAAGGAGCUCACUUUGGAUGCUCAGAAAAAGAUGAUGGCUCAAAACCUGCGAGGUGAAAAGAGCGCUGACCUCGAAGGAGCCAAACUGUGCCUCAGCGACAGCAAGUUCAUCCAGGUCAUUGCCAAGUCUCUGAGCGUUAGCUGCAAGGAGGAGCUGGAGGCGAUCCGUGAUGCCUUGACUCCUUCACUGGCAUGUGCUGCUGCUAAGAUCGGGGACACAGAGGCCCUAAAAGCCCUUAAAGACAUGGGCAGCGACUUGCGUCUGGGUGACUUUGAUGGACGCACACCUCUGCAUGUCGCUGCUUGCGAGGGUCACCUCAGACUUGUGCAAUACCUGCUCAAUCAGGGAGCCUCGGUCCAUGCCAAAGAUCGCUACGGGGACACGCCCCUAUGCAACGCCGUGCGCUUCAGGCACAAGGAAAUCGUGAAGCUGUUAAGGAAGACCGGGGCCCACUUCUCGAGAGAGCAGAUGGAGGAAGCAGGAACUGAGCUGUGCAGCCUCGCAGCCAGCGGCGAUAAAGAGGGCCUGGAUAUCUGGAGAAUGGCCGGGGCAGACCUGACCAAGCCCGGCUACGACGGAAAGACGGCCAUUGAAGUGGCUAGAGCCACAGGUUGCAUGGACGUGGUGGAGUUUUUAACUUCAUACGUGACCCGCCAUUCCAUGACCAUAUUUGGUGAAUUGAAUGAAUAUGAUGAAUAUUAUAAUGAUGAUGAUGAUGAUGAUGAGAACGGCGCAGCCAUCGAGUUCACUGCCAUGCCAUCAGUGCAGUGAGCCGACUCUACGUCUGUUCCUGCCAAGCCGUCCUCUGCAUCCUGUCCACCAUUGUGUUUGGUGUUUGACCUCUGUUUAAUAUACACACAUAUCAGCUUAUACAUCUAAACAAUAUUUAUAUCACAAUAUCGCAUCUACUUUGAGUCUCUGCUGCCUUGAAAGGGAAACAUUUCACAUGGAUGUAUGUAUAUGGUUGUAGUAUUUCACGUUUGUGGAAACAUGUUACAAUGCCGAAUGUUCACAUCUCCUGUUAUUUUUCUGCCUGGAUAGAAAAUAAUCUCAGAAUCUGGGAAUUCAAGUGAAAGUCUUAUGUUACAUUAGUAUUUAGUAUUUAGCAUGGUAUUAUAAAAAAAAUGUAAUUUGCUUCGAAAGAAAAGUAUUUAUGAUGUUUCUAAUGGCAGGGUAAGAUCACUGAUUUUAUUUUUGGAGUUAUUUUUAUUGUGAGACAGAAGAAAGUAUAAUGUGAGAUCUUGAAUGUACUGUUUGGGUUUUUAAUUUUAUUUAUUAACACAUAAUCAAUGAUACACAACUCGCAUCAAACAGUCAUUCCCUUUUUUUUUUUUUUUGCUCCCAUUUCCCCCAUUCCUUAAAACAUUGUUAAUAAAUCAACAAACCAGUAUGAGAAAAAUUUGCUUUCCCAGCACACACGUGUAUGAAAUAAUGACAAUCCUUAAAUAACAAGGGAGAUGAAUAGAGCCUGCACGGAUAAGCAGAUAUAGAUGAUGGAUGGAUUGCUCUUUUCACCAGAAAAGAGAAAGUGAAAGAAAUAUGUUACUUUUUGGUAGAUGGGUGUCAAAUCCAAAAUAAAAAUUCUCCAAUUUAAGAAAAGAAAUGAUGUCUAGGAACCAGUAAACAUAGGAACGCUAGGGCAGACUGUCAGGUGGCAUGGGUUGUCUGCGCCUAUUGCAACAUUCAUCCACCUUGCUAAGGUUGAGUUGGGAAAGGCUGGCCUUCCAAUAGUGAAACCUAUGGAUAGCUUUAAAUUGUAUAAGACCCAGUCUGGCACAGUUUGGGGAUCAAUCAACAAUCCGGAGAGCACCAAUCCAGAAAGCUUGAGUUGCAAAUGAUCUUCCCAGUGUGGUCUCACUUUACCCUAACCCACCUCAUCUGCCACGGAUAAAAUUAUAAAGGUGUGAGACCCGACCGGUUUACUGCUCACCUUGAGGACCAAGUCCAAACCACUAAGAGGAGGUGCUUGAGGUAAAGCUUGAGUAUUAGUUUUGGCAAAAUUACUGUGACGGAGUUGGAAGACUGAGAGAAUCCAGGUUUUGUAGUCUGAGAUUAGUUGGGCAAGGCUGACAAAUUGCCAAUUUUGUAUUAAUCACCCAGAUUGCAAAGACCUCUAAUCUCAAAAACGUUAUAGCUGAGGUCAGUGUUUAGUGGCAUAAAUAAAUGCUUAUUACCAAUAGGGGUUGCACAGAGAAAAGAAAAUCACCCAAACCUUUGUCUAAUUCAGUGCCAGAUUUUCAAAGUAUUAAUGAUCACCAUGUUGGAUGUUUGCAGAGGUGUAACAAUGCAUCUAUCCACAUCAAUUAAACGAUUAACCAAUGACAUCCAUGCAAAAUCAAAACAUUGAUCAUAUUGUCACUUUAAGAUAUGCCUUUAUUUUGUAAUUCACAAUGCACGAGGCACCUUAAUAAUAUUUUUCUUGUAAUGAGAAAAAUGCUGUUCUUGAUUUAAGUGCCUGAUACCUGUAAGAGCUUAGAAAUAAAAUGGUCAAAUCAUAUUUUUGUGUGUGAGUUAAAAUCAAUGAAAAUAAAAGUUUUCGAUGGCCAGAUGAAAUCCCAUAUCAA